AUGGGUGACAGCCUCUCCAGAAGGAGACAAUCCUGUCCGCGUGGGAGUCCAAUAUCGUACGUACUUGACCUACGUACACCAUUUGGUUGUUGGUCUGUUCGCCGAGCUUGGCAGUUGGAUUGCAAACGUUUCAUCACCAAUGGAGGUGACAUCGUCGGUGCAGGGUUGACGAUGUCACCUCGAUUGGUGAUGAAACGUUUGCAGUCCAACUGCCAAGCUCGGCGAACAGACCAACAACCAAAUGGUGUACGUAGGUCAAGUACGUACGAUAUUGGACUCCCCUAA